AUGUGUCCCUCUCUCUCUUUCUCAGUUUCAAAAUAUCUACCAAUUUCUUCCAGAUCUGAAGCUCUGGAACCUGAUCUCAUUUUAUUGCACCUACAAAAUUUUUCUUUCUCACUUUCUCUCACUCCACUUCCUCUCUCUCUCUCUCUCUUUCUCUUGAAAUUUCUUCCCCACCUUCUCCCUCCCUCCUUUCUCACUCUUCCUCCUUCUGACUCUUUCUCUGUUUCAAAAUAUCUACCAAUUUCUUUCACUCUCCCUCCCUCCCUCCCUCUGUCUGUCUCUUUUUCUGUGUUUCAAAGUACCUAUCAUUUUCUUCCAUGCCCUCUCCCUCUCUCACACACUAUCUCUAUUUCCCUUUUUCAUUGUAUCUACCAUUUUUUCCAUACAUUCUCUUUCUCUGUUUCACUGUAUCUACCAGCUUCUUCCACACACUCUCGUACUGUCUCUCUUUCUCUCUCUCUCUCUCUCUCUCUCUCUCACACACACACACACAUGCACAUACACUCUCUGUUUCAAAAUAUCUACCAAUUUUUAUCCAGUUCUGAAGCUCUUGGUUCUGAUCUCAUUUCAUUGCGCUUAAAAAAAUUCUCCUUUCUCUCCCUCCCCUUCCUCUCUCUCUCUCUUUCUCCUCUUCAAAGUAUCUUCCAAUACUCUCCCUCUCUCUUUGUCUCUAUUUCAAAGUAUCUACCAAUUUGUUCCCUUCUCUCUCCUCCCUCCUCUCACACCUUCCCUCUUUCUCUUUCUCUGUUUCAAAGUAUCUACCAAUUUCUUUCAUUCCCUCAGCCUCCCUCCCUCUCUUCCUCCAUCUCUCCCUCUCUCUCUCUCUCUCACUCUCUCUAUUUCUCAUUUUCAAAGCAUCUACCAAUUUCUUUCACUCUCUCAGCCUCCCUCCUUCUCUCUAUUUCUUUUUCUCUUUCAAAGUAUCUAUCAAUUUCUUCCACUCCCUCUCUCCCUCCCUCUCUUUCUCCCUCCCUCUCUCUCACACUCUCUAUUUCUCAUUUUCAAACUAUCACUUUUAGAUUUCUUACAUAUUUUUUUACUCUAUCUUCGUCCGAUUCUCCUCUCUCUCUCUCUCUCUCUCUCUCUCUGUUAUUUAACGUCUCUUCUUCAUUGUGCGACUCCCUCUCUUUGAUCGUUGUAGUCUGUCUCUUUCUUUCACUUUAUCCUCUCUUUGAUUUAUCUUCUUUUCCCUCUCCCCUUGCUCUUAUCUGUUUCUCCUCUCUUAUUCUUCGUUCAUCGUCAUUCUCCUUUCUACCCUCUUACUCUCCCUCUCCAUUCUUUCUCACGCGAUUCAGCUCUUUACUCUCCCUUUCAAUGUUGCAAUAUUUGACCAAAUCACACUCUAACAUCAGGCGUCACUUAGCCAUGGCUUUUUAUCUGUGCCGAAUAUUGAUUAAGAUAUUUUUCUCUCUCUUUCUCUCUCUUUUUCUAUCAUUCUUGUCUUAA